AUGUCUUGGAAAGCACUAAAAGUUGUGGUGGAAUUGAAGUUUAGAGCGGUGAGAUAUUUUCUUUUUCUUCAUAAGCUUCGAGCUUCCUCAGAGAUGCGGACUGUGAUGUGGAAAACGAUAGACCAAACACCACUACAUAUUAUUAAAAAAUGAAUAUUUUUCGACAUAGCAGCUAGGAUGAAGGUUUGUUGUGGAAAAAAAAAUCAACAUUGACGUGUGAGAAGUCAAAGAUUAAAAUUCAGCAUGUGUUUAAAGCUGAAAAAUAAACAUUUAGUGGAUUGGUGACUGUAUUUCUAUCUUCUGACACUUUUCAGCUGUCUAUUUCCAAACAAAGUAGGUUUGCAAAUGACAUGAUAGCCUUUGGUUAAAAAAAAAAAAGGUUUCCAGCUCCACUCAGUGUCCCCAUCAGCAAAAAAUAAAGUAAAAUAAAAGGGUGGGCUGUAAAAAUUAGGUUCAAGAAAAAUUUUGACUUGAAGCCAUCUCCAACUGUUUUCAUUCAGGUGUCUUGCCCUGGAGUUCACCUGGCCUACAAGGAUGAUAUCUACCUCAGUAUCCAAGUCAUGGGACAAUACCGUCAGUCUGAAUGUCUCCCUGCUGUCUUCCCCCUGCUGUUUUAUGAAAAGAUGUCAUUUGAAAAGGUAAGUAUUGAAGCAGAAGUCCAAAAAUAUGCAGAUAAUAAUAAUAAUGUGCAGAAUAUGCUUGUAUUGAAUGCUAUCAUUCGUUCUGAUAAAAUACAAGUUAAAUUAUAAGAAAACAAUUAUAAGAGGUCCACUAGGGACAUUUGGUUAGUGUCAAAAUUGGCACUUCCUCUGGACAAAGCAGUCAAAAUUCAUCCUCCUGAUUUUUCACAGACGAAUAUCAGAAAUGUAUUAAAAAAUUAGAUGUUUCUCCAGCUGCUUGGUUGACCCCAACCCCUCCCACAGCUUCUAGGUAGCCAAAUAUACUCUACAACCUAAAUACCAUAAGUGUUGUUGCUAUUGCAUGAAUGCCAGGAUGUAAAGAUUGUCAUAGUACCUUUAAAAUGUGUAUGUUUUUAUGUGUCUGUUUAGAUUUACAGGCAGGCGGUCGACCCUGCAGACAUCACAGCAAUGCUUGAGAGUACGUUUUUAUCACCUUUAGGGUCUUAACUGUAAACAUUUCACAGUAUACUGUGCAUGAGUUACUCAAUAGAUGAAUACAGUGGCCCUGAUGGCCAACUGUACAAGUGUUUCAUGAUCACUAAAAACAUCUCUGUAAAUGCAGCGGAGACCAUCAGAAUUGAUCUGGUCCAGCUCACUCCACCUUGUAAGAGCCUUUUUGUUUCACUAAAUUCAUAUUCUUUCAGCUGUGUCUUUGAAUGAUGAAAAUGAUUUUAUAUUUGUGUUCACAGCUGGAGACACUCUGGCCUUUAUCGAGGAAGAUGCUGCACGUUUCUUAUUCCCGGGGCCCAAACUGGUCCCCUCGUACUCUGGAGUGGAUCGAGAGGUUCUGAUGAUCCGUGCCCCUCACUUCCCUGUAAGUCCCUGUAAGCAUACCUGUUACCUGUUUUCAUAGAUAUUUAAAGAUUCAUGUUACUGUGAUUGAAGUGUAUUGUCUGUUUCUCAGGGUAUCGCUCCCAGGUUGGAGUUUUCCAGCAAAGUAACCAUCAUUCAGUGCCCCACUGAUGCAAAGAUAAACUUUUACCCCAAUGAGCUGUUGGUGAGGAUCUUUUUCAUCGCUCAUAAGGUUUUGUAGAUUAUGUUAAUAAUAUAAGCUUUAGCCAAUCACUACAUUAAUUGGACCAUGUUAAAUGCUGCCAGUCCAUUCCCAGAGUCUUUUAGGAAUUCAUCAAAUUCAAAGUGCAUCUCCUGUUUUGCAAAACCUUUUUUUUUCAUUGUGCAAAAAUAUCAGAGAUUCAGAGCAGAAUGUUGAAACAGCAUAUCCUCUUUAAUAAAAACAGCACUGAGCACAUGAAUAAAUAAUGAAUAGUUUUUUUUGCCUUGCACAGAUGAGUCAAAAACAGAGGAUAAUUGCACAUUUCUUGUUAGUGCUGUUCAAACAUAAAUCAUAAUGCCGGUUUGCAUCAUAGCGGCCUGUUAUAGAUGAGAGAAAUUGUGAGGGGACCUUGUUUCGAGGAGUUGUCUGAUAGAGGCCAAGGUAAAAGGUACUGACUGAGCCCAUUCAGUCUCUUUAUUUUAAGACACCCUCUCUUUUGUUUUUCCAGAGGCCAGUGAUAAAGAGGGGCAGAAAACCCUCCAGCAGACACAGGACCUCCUCCCCUCAGAGGAGGAAAACUGUCAGAAUGAACGGAGAAACCCUCAGUGGCUCCAGAUCGCAAUCACACAUCCACAGAUCCCAGUCCCUGUCCCCUCGAAGAGCUGAACACUCUCAGCGUCUGGCCUGGCUAAGCCUGGACUCUACAACUCCAAGAGACCAGGACACAAGCAGCCCCUCUGAACCUGUAAGCGCACAGCUGUAUUUCCAUAUUUUGCCACUAGAGAGCAGAGCUGAGUUAGGAUUUACCUGAACAUGUAACUCUACAUGUGUCACACAAUUUUAAGUCUGUAGUAAUGACAGAUCUAAAUGAACUUUCAUGUGUUUGCAGUUCACAUGGUUCGCAAGUUGAAUAUUGUUUAGGUAACCUGGAUUUCCAUUACAAUGAAACAGCAUAAUGAUUUUAGAAAAACAACAGCAAAAACUGUUUUCAUCUGUUAUUUAUUAAGGGGAUGCUCUUAUCAGCAAAACACUAAACAGAAGCUGUGUGGAAAUCAAUCCAGAGUAAAAUGGGUUUUGAAACAAAGCAACACUAAGGUACUGCAGGAUUACCAGGAGUUCUUUUUUUUUGCAGAAAAUUGACCAAAUAAGGAGAAGGGGAAGUCCUAGCUUCAACUGACGAACAAUUGCAAAUCAGAAUAUGCACAGAAAUAUACACCAAAAAGAAAAAAAAGAUCAACUCAACAUGAAACGAUCAGAUUUUGGUAAAUUAUAAUCAGUCUUAUAUCUCUGUUUUCUUUUGUCCUGAAGUAAUUCACUGUUUAUUACACAGAAAUAUCUUACAGGAUAAAAUGAUGAGAGGAGGAUAUUUCUGAGCACAAAAGGUCAAUGUUCAAGAACAUGUUGGUGCAUGAUGGUCACCAUUAAAACUGGUGUUGUAAUCCAUCAGUGAAGGAUGAAGCAGUUCUCAUUUCACAGUUUCAGCAGCCGUAAAAGUGUAAAAGUUAGUCAAUACUUUUAUGGAUUCACAUCUUGCAGUUCAGUGGAAACAACAUGUGACCCAUUUUGAUUUUGUGUGAGCUCUUUAAAGGUUAAAAAGAAUUACUGAGGCAUUUAUUGGUCCUGUGUCUCUGUCAGUCUGCUUUACAAUAUUUGACAUCUUUAUUCCGUUGAUAAUAGCUGAUUCAUUAAAGCUGCAGGCGUCUCAGAGAAGUGACAUUUGACCUGGGAGCACCAAAUAACUAAAAAGGUUAUCUCAUGACUCUGUAGAGGAGGGCAGGUUCAGGUCUUCUCAUGGUUUUUAUGGCUGUGUUCUCACUGCAGGAAAAAAGUGCUUAAAUGACACUCAGAUCUGAGUUUUUUUGAAUAACACAAGUCAUCUAGGAUCUUAUAUUUUCAGACGAGGUCUAAAAAAAUCCAGCAAAUAACUAUUACACAACUCUCACACAGCUUUUUUAAAGGAAAACAUUAAAUCCACUCCAGUGAAAUGACAAUUCUUAUUUUUUUUCUGAUGUGGUUGCAGAGGAAAGUGAAUGCAGCCAUAACACAAGCAUUUACUCUCAUUUUUAAAGGUACGCUGUGUUGAAUUUAGCCACAUUUAUGAAAAGACAUUGACUAUACUAUGCAGGAGGAGGUUUGAUUCGUUUAUAUUGACUUGAGCUGACAAAACCUUGAACAAUGCAAAUUCAAAAACAUGCAGAAGUCCCAAAACUUUGCUCUUCAAAACAAAAAGAUGCCGCAAAAAGUCGAAACAGCUGCAUCUGCUACAAAUGUGCUGCAAAUCCACAAUCAGCUGCAAAACACAACUGCAAAGGUUAAUAUUGCAAACCAAGACUCAACUGAGAGCUCAAGCUUGGGGCCUUUUUAUCCACUUUAUCUCUAUUACAGUAUAAUUAAAAAAUGAAAUACAGAAUGAGACCAUUUGCAAAGUUUCUUUUCACUACUCUCCUUAAAUCCCUCCUGAAUCGACCACCAGCUGCUGCCAGCGUGAUAAAGAGUCUUGUAGUUAACUAUUAUCACGCUGUGACCCACUAACAUCCACCUAUUUUAGGAAACAUGUUUCAUUUACUGGAUGAGCUGUUUCCUGUUUCCUCAUCACAGUGUUAUUGUCUUUAUGUGCAGCUGAUGGCGUCAUGGCCCGGAGCCGGUCGGUCUGCUGCUUUUACCAGCUCGUCUUCACCUUUGACCCCGUCUUCAUCCACAGGUAGAGAUCACCCACAGGUAGCAGUCCUCAUUUAAAGCAGCUAAACAGGUUUUACAAUCCUAAAUGGCUCCAUAACAAGUUUACUGAUAAAGUUAUACUGCUGCUGAUACCAGCUGACCUGGUUAGUUCACUGAUGAUAACCCAUUUAAAGUUAAAGCCUGUGCUGUAACCCACAUAAAGCCAGGUUUCUAUUAACAGAAGACAUAUAAGUCAGCUGUUUCUCUGUCUUUUUGUUGUUUCAGUGAGAUUUUCUGGGAGAAGAUCCUUCUUGUCAGAUGAUUUGGUGGGUAAACUAUUAGGAAGCAUACAAAGUUAUUCAGCACUCAAUAUUUGCUUUGUCAUUGCCCAACAUAUCUGAAUAUAAAAAACAUUUUAGUUCCUCAUUAAUAUCACAAUAAUUUGACUUCUGUGAUAUUUUACGGUCACAAUAAUCAUGAGGUGAACAUCUGUUAUCAUGGCAACCCCUGGUGAUUCCUGCUUUAAUCAGAAAAUGUAUCCAAGGAUACUGAAAUGUUUAUUACAAAUAUUUAAGAAACUUUAAAAAACUAUAAAUCACUUCAUCGUGUGAAAAUGAAAUUGAACUUUAUCAAAUGCAGAGUUGCAGAUGCAUUCAUGAGAGUAUUUCCUGAUCCAUGUCUCUCUCUGAAUUUGCAGCUUAGAGGCUCGUCAGCUGAUGGGGCUGGAUCUUCUAAAACCCCUGACCAUAACAGAGGUCAACACGCCUCAGACCUGUGGAGGUCUUACAGGGAGCAGGCCAGAAACAGCAGGUACUGACUCGUCGUUUAUAUUCUCUCUGCAGAAAUUGAGGAGUAGACGAGAAAAAUAUUAAGUAUGCAGUUCUUAAAAGGCUUAGAAGAUGUUUUUCCUGCUUUCUGUUGGUGCUGAGCUGGAACAGAAACUCAGACUCUAAUAAUCAAUCUGUAAUACAGAAACUUCAGAUCUGAUUUACAGGCUUAUACAGAUGACACUGGAGUAUUCAUUCUUCUGUAGAGUGAUAAUAACUGAUAGAAAAUACAAUUCUGUGACAUUUAAGUUAAUGUUUAUUUCUCACAGGGCAUGGGAGGAGGUCCACGAGCGAGUUCGGGGACUACUAACGACGCCAAAAGCUGUGCGCCGACUGGUCUACGUAAGUAAAACAUCAAAAUUAGACUAUGUAGACAAUAUUACAGCUGCUGUUUAGGCUUGAGUCUGGUGUUUGACUUGCUGCCAUUUACAAACAUCUAAUGACACCAUCGACUGUAUAUACUAUGGACAACUUGGUUCCACCUUCCGCCAUUAUACAGAUUUGAAGCCGAAAAGCCCUCGGGAUUUCCGAGUUUUUUCUCCACUUCCUUAAACCAACAUUGCGUCGUAGCAUUGUACGCAUUUGGUGGGAAAGUCACAGAGAGUCACUGUGAUGACGCUCGGCUCAAACAGCUAUGCAGCUCAUCCUAGAAAGGAUGAACCCCCUAAUAACUUUUAAAAAUGGAGCUGUACAGAAAAAGGAGGACUUGAGCACAAACCAGUCUGACUGUAACUACAUAUCAACAUCGCAACCGGGGGGAGAAAAAUUAUAUUCUGUGUAAUAAAUUUUCUAAAGUUUGUCCACAGCUCUAUAGGGACUGCUGGAGGAGACAGUAUUUAUGACCUAUACUGCAGCCUGUCACCAGAGGGUGCUGUUCUCACGGUGGCUUCACCUAGCGAGGAGGCAGAUGGCGUCCAUUCUAUAUACAGUCUAUGAAUGACACAUUUUAGCUGCUUCACUGUGAGCUUCUUUUAAUCAUUUGUGCUGAUCUAAAAAUGGCUUUUAUCCUCUUGUUCCUCAGUGUUACUGUCCUUGGAUAGUAAACUAUGUCUAGUUUACUCAAAUGUACUCAAAAAAUAUAACAGCUGUGUUUGUGUUUCAGGGGGCCACACACUCUGAGGUAGACGAGGUUUUAGCCAGGAGGUCCAUCUCUCCUGGGCCACCAUAA